AAGUCAAGUCCAUCAAUGAAAUAGUAAGGAGGAGGGGAAGAAAGGGAGGAGGAAAGGAGGAGAAGGCGUGAAAAAGCAUUCCCAAGCGUUUCAUUUACUAGCGAGUAAGUUGAUUAUUUUUUGUGCCGACGUUAGACCAAAAGAAAGAAAGAUAAAAUGAAGUUCAUCAUCGGAAUCGGAGGUGUGACCAACGGUGGGAAAACCACUUUGACGAAAAGGCUUGAGAAGAUACUACCAAAUUGUUGUGUGGUACAUCAAGAUGACUUUUUCAAGCCCCAAGAUCAAAUAGAGGUCGGGGAGGACGGCUUUAGACAGUGGGAUGUGAUCACAGCUCUGGACAUGGAAGCCAUGGUCAACACCGUCAAAGGCUGGAUCGAGAACCCGGUGAAAUUUGCUCGCUCUCACGGUGUGACCCUGUCACCCUUGGCUGAUGGGUCAGAACCGGAGCAGCAAAUCCAUAUACUUCUUGUCGAGGGAUUUCUGCUCUAUAAUUACCAACCUCUGAUUGAGAUCUUCGACAAGUGCUACUAUGUCACCAUUCCAUAUGAGGAGUGUAAAAGAAGAAGAAGCACAAGAACCUACACAGUUCCUGACCCUCCUGGUCUGUUUGACGGCCAUGUGUGGCCCAUGUACUUGAAACACAGGAAAGAGAUGGAGCACAACUGCAGAAUUAUCCAAUAUCUGGAUGGAAUGAAAUCAAAAGAAGAUAUCUACAACCAGGUUCAUGAGGACAUCCAGAACACCCUGCUGAAUAGCUUAUAGCGGCUCCGAAACACCUGAAGAUGUCUGUGUAUAGAACUGUAAAUAGAUUUAAGUGAUAGCGCCUUCUGCCAUGGAAUCAAUUUUGUAAAUAUGACAAAAAUAACUUAUUUUUGAGCCAGUGGCUAAAGCCUGGAAUUUUAUAUCGCCUUAUAUGUAUGUGGCUUUUCUUUUAUAUAAAAAGUGGCGUAGAGCUGGAUGGCUGUAUAGCAUGAUGGCUACUGACUUUUUGUCAACUAUGUUAUUGUGCUGAAAGAUUUAUCCUCAUUGAAAGACAUUUAAAUUGA